ACAACACUUUUCCUUGUAAAACGUAAUAGUACGUUCUGUAAAAUAGUAGUGAAUUUUUUUAUUGUAUCGCGUAACAUUAUGGCAAUAAGGAAACUGUUGAUAAUCAUCACUUUCGCUGCGCUGGUGUGCUCAAGCGAAAUAGAAGAUGGUGAACACAAGAAGAGAGGAGUGAAAGGGACAGCGUUGAAUUCAGUUUCAACAAGUGCUCAGAAACCUGACUACACAUACAGUAUUUACACUCAGAAUCCUAGUACGCAGAGUGCUACGUCAAGCCAGACAUACCAAAGUCAAGUACCAAACUCGUACUAUCCCAGCCAGGGUAGCAGUCAGUACUACACAUCAGGGAAUUCGCAAGCAGAUACAUCGCAAACAUAUUCCGCGCAGCCACAAGUCAAUGCUACACCCCAACAAGGCACGUCCCACUACUUGCCUAUUAACUAUGUUCCAAGUCCUGGAUACCUAAGUAGAUAUCAAGUCGCGCCGAGUAAAACAUCGAGUAACGCGCAAGUAGCUUUCGUUCCACAACCAAAUCAUUAUCCGCAACAGCAAAUAUUCGCAUUCCCUCAAAUACCUCAUAGCUACUUUUCGCCGAACACAGCUAAUCAGGUGCAUCCUCAUCAUAAUGCGUUCGUUAGUCAAAUCCCACAAUUUAACUAUCAACCGUUGUCACUAGGAUCAUUAUUCGGGCACCCUUCAGGCACCGUAGUACUGGGUCAGUCCAGUCAACCUGCACACAACAAUCUUUUGUACCCGAAUCCAGUUCAGAAUUACUUUACUCCGGCUUCUCAGUCUAAUCAAUAUUCACAAAGUAAAUAUUCAUCGUAUGUCUCUCCAGUGCAAUCGGAAUAUGACAAAGUCCAAGGCGCUUUAGCCCAAACGAAAGAAGAAAAUGAGAUUGUGACACAGAAUUCUGAAUACGCCGGUACAUCCGAUCCGAAUUCAAGUUACAAGAAUUCUUAUAGCGGCCGUUCUGCUUAUGCCAAAUUGUCAUAGUAACUAUUA